CUUCACGCUGCAUCUAUCGUGCAUUGCGCUCGUACACGUUUUACAUAACUACACGUGCAUGAUUUUGAAUGUAUAUAUAAAUUUUUCCUCCGUGACUAACACGGAACACGUGCGAUAGACUUGAGUCAACGAGGCGCGACAGUUUGCUUGUCGCUCACGUGAAUACACAGGUAUAACGUCUGAAGUUAAAACAGCUGCUUGCCGAUACUCUACAUUUCCGUGAUGCAUUCCAAAUACAUGUUAUACUGAGUGAUGUAUAUAUAUAACGUUUUUUCUUACAAUACCGUUCAAGUGUUUCCGCAAUUUCCAAUGUGUCUCAGUGAGGAGAUUGUUAUAUUAAACCGAGAUGCCUAUAAAAAAUUUGAAAGCAGCGGAUAUUCUGGAGGAUUUAGAAUCGAAGCUCGCGUAUAUCCCGGGUGGUCGUGAUCACGAUGGGCGACCUUUAAUAGUAAUCAAUGUUCCACUGGAAUUUGAUUCAACAACAAAAUCAAAAUUAGAAUCCCUUAUUUUAUAUUUUAUGUCAAUUUUCAGCGAGGAAACAAAGGAAAAUGGAUUGAUUCUAGUUGUAGAUGCGCGUCGCAGUGCAUGGCGCGUAACUAGAUCUUGUAUUAGACUCUCUACAAACCUUAUAGGAUCUAAAGUUAUUUCCGUGAUUGUAAUACGGCCUGAUGGUUUUUGGGAUAAACGUGUUGAUAGCUGUACCAAAUCGCAUAAAGAAGGCGAACCUAUAUACGUUACUCUAAUGAGGUUGCAUAUUUACAUUGACUUUUCUCAAUUACCGUACGAGUUAGCAGGUAACAAGGCAUAUAAUCACGUUGAAUGGAUUAAGAAACGUAUGAAAAUAGAAGAUUAUUCAGAAGACGCGUUAGAACUUGUAUCAAAGAUGACAAAUUUACAUCAAAAGUUGAAUACUUUUGAUGGUGUUCGUAUGAUGCAAUGGGAUGAUGUAAAAUCUUAUUGGGAGAUGGCCAUAGAAUUGUUAUCAACAGCACGUCACAUACUUCAAUCAGGUAGGAGUCUAGUAAGUUCUAUGAGUAGAGAGUCCUCUAAAGAUAUUUUGGAUACCGUUAAAGGAAUUCACAAGUUAUUCGAUUCUGUCGAAUUAAAGCAGAUGGACAUUGAAAAUUCGUGGACAGAGAUGGAAAGAAAUCUGGAUACUGCCAGAGUAAUCGAAGAUCUUGAGCAGGGUGUGUCGAGUGUUACUAACUGGAUCUUGGGUCCAGCAGACACAAUGCUGAACUCUUGUUGUCAAGUUGGCUUUGAUGUUUCUUCAUCCGAGGAACUUCGAAGGCAACAUGAAAAAAUUGAGCUACAAUGUCGGGAAACAUAUGGACGAUAUGCAGAGCUGCUCCAUAAAAUAGAUAGUUUACCUAAAAAUAGACUACCGGAAGAUUUAAAGUCUCAGAGAGAUUUCAUGGACUUUGUUUGUCGUAGCUUCGCUUCACGACUCGAAAGACGUAGAAAUGUACUAAUUACUUCGCAAAGAUUCUUUAGACUUGUUUCUGAGUACUUCGACAGGACUAGUGAAGUAUUCGAGCAGUUGGUUAUGGGCAGUAGAAAUUAUAACUUCUCUCAAUCGAGUAUUAAACUCUUAACUUUGGAAAAAAGUCAAACAGUUUUAGAUAGUUUAGAAGGCGAGCUUGUAAAAGAAGGUGAAAAAUUGUCGGAUAUUCUCUCUAUGCCCGUGAAGGAUGCGCUCGGUCGAGAAGUUUGUGUAAAUUAUGAUGAAGAUAUUAUCAAUGUAAAAGAUAUAUUGGAUGCAACAAAUGCCAGAAAGAAUAUAUUUAAUGAUAGUGUGGAAUUACAGAAGCUGUCUCUGAAACAAAUAGCUUUGAUAUACAUGUAUGAGAGCGAUGCCGAACAAGCUGUUAAAUGGUUAAACGAUUUAUUCAAAGUUUUACUUCGAAAUCAUAUGGAAGUUGGAUGUAAUGUAAAGGAAAUACAAUCGCAAAAAGAAGAACACCAAUCUUUCCAGGAAACAGCAAAAGGGACUUACGAGUAUGGUAAUCAAUUGGUGAAUGGAGCGCGUGUUCUGAGAUCAUCUUGCAGAAUAUCUUUAGAGAGCAAUGCUAAUCUCUUUUCAAAAUUACGACAGGCUUGGCGACAGUUUCGAUCUGUUAGUCAGGAACAAUUAACUAGGCUACGAGUAUGCGCUGUUUUUCACAGAAACGUCGAAGAUCAUUGUAUCGGAUUACAAAAUUUGGUGGAAACAGUGACAGCCUUGUAUCAUUCUGCAAAAGAUGAAGACGUAGCAGUCAAAGCACACGUCAAAGAAAAUAUAAGAGAUAUCCUCGACAAUCGAGAGAAACUUUUACUGGAAGUUGGUCGCAUGGUCAGAUUGGGUCGACUCCUUAAAACGAGAUUGAAAGAACCUCUUCAUCAUCAACCAAUGUUGGAAGCCGAGGAUUCACCGAUCCUUAAUAGUAAUUUGACAGCUGUCGAAGCUAUCUCGGCGAAAUUAGCAGAAGUUACACGUCUGGCGGAAAAACUGGAUGCGAGGCUAUGUGAAGCUGGAGCCAAAACUCGACCGAUAUCUGUUCCUAUUGCGACGUCCUCUACUUCGUCCUUGUUCUCAAUAUCUGCUAUGCCGCUGUCAAGUGCGCCUAUGCAUGCUGCUUCUAAUACGGCUGUAUUGUCAUCGGAUAUGGCAGUUUCAGACCUACCUGUAAUUACUCAAAUGCAUCCAAUAAUUUCGGAAACUGUGACUACAAAAAUCAAAUCAGACGUAAUUAAAUCCGUUACUCCUAUGACGGGAAAGGUUGAUGAAAAUUCACAUCAUAUUCAUCCGCAUUCUAUUGAAAAUGUUGAAUCAUGGAAUAAAGAUUUUAAUGCUAACAAUAAGGAACUUAUCGAAAAACCUCGUAGCGAGAGUGCAACAGGAGAAUAUAAUGCAGAGGGUUAUACAACAGCGACUGAAUGUUCAAUAACUCCACCUCCGCGUUCGAGAAGCGAAUCAUUCGUAACAUCGCCGGAAUGUGAAGAUAUUGCUAUUAUCGCGACAGUGGUGACAUGUUCUGAUUCUACUAGGUGGACUACGGAAAAACCUAAGCUCACAACUACGAUUGCAUCCCUUACUUCUACUCCAAACAAUGAAAACCAGAAAUAUGCUGAAACGACAUCAAAUAUUUCUAUUAUUGGCGGAAUUAAACCAACGUCACGAAUAGAAACAAUGGAGAAAAUUACUAAUGAAAAGUCAAACAGAAUUGUAAAAGAAGUUACGGAAACAACUGUUUUACGAGUAUCACAUGAUAUUCGAUUAGGUGUAGCCUCUUAUAAAGUGAUAUCAAAUACUACACAAGAUCAUCGACACAAUAUCGACGUGAAAGCUAUACAAAAUGUAGAACGUGUAAUGGAAGCAGAACCAGAUGAAAAAACGGAUGACAUUUAUCCUGAUUUAUCUUCGUUUAAUGAAUCCAAAUAUUAUAUUGACAAAAAAGUCUAUUCGGAUCAAAAUAUUUCAAAGAAGCUCAUGAAAAUUCAAGAACAUAUGUUGAAUGAAAGCACACGCUCUGAUUCGAGAGAGUACGAGGAUGCAUCGUUGCCUUCUCAAGAUCUAUUACGACGUCACGAGGAUAAUAGAAUUGAAAUAUCAUCGAUGAAGAAGGAUGAUAAUUUGGAAGGCGAAGAUUUUUUUGAAAGAGCGAGGAAGAGCGGCGAAUGGCUAAAGCUGAAAAUACUCGAGUUACAACCAGAAUUAACAAAACUUGGUGCUUCCGUAAUAGAAGCCACGGAACUCUCGAAAGCACAUGAUCAAGUGUUACUUCGAUUACAGCAGAAUAAACAAAGUCCAGUGGAAGAAUUAUUGCGACAAGCUGAUCACUUAAUCGCAACCCAGAGACCAAAAGCAGAAGUAUACACUGCCAUGGCGGAUACAUUAGGUCAGGCAUGGCGUGAUGUAAAUCAACUUUUGGAACGUCGUAAGGAGAUACUCGACCGAAACGUAUUAUUUCAAAGUCGCUCGGAGGAAUGUAGAGAAAAUAUGGAAGCAUUGGAAAUGGCGUGUAACGACACGUUGCUACCGAUCGAAAUAGAAGCAGUAAAAAAUUUUCUAUCAAAAAUCCAAGAUCUUCGUAAAGAUAUGUUGGAAGCGUUGAUGGGUGCGUUGCGGGAAGGUAAGACAUUGCUGGAUGGACUCAAGGAAUUGGUAAACGAAGGCACUUUAGAUUCAAGACCAGAUACGAUUAAAGAUGAAGCUAAUCAUGCUGUGUUGCAAGUUGAAAAAUGGUUGGAAGAACUUCAUGAUAGAAGGCGAGUGAUCGAGGCAUGUUUUCGUAGUAGAAAAACUCAAUUGGAGCAAUGUCUUGCUCUCGCGCUACUCGCAACUGAUCUUCGUGAUCUUGAAGAAAUUCUCAAUGAUAGAAUUGCUACACUAGAGAAUAGUUGCGAUCAGUUGGGAAAUUCCGCUUCUAGUGCAGAACUGCUUCUUUUUGAAUUAAAAAAGUUGCAAACCGAAGCCAAGGAUUUUCAAGACAAGGCCAUUAAAAUAACUAAAUCGACCGAACGAUUAGUGUCAUCAGGACACUUUGCAGGCGAACAAGCAACCGAACAGGCGUACGCAAUUCUUAGUACCGCUACUGAUUAUAUUAACGAUUUAGACCAAUACAAUACAUUGUUGAAUAGAGCAAUAGCCUUUUUCAAUUCUGCACAAUCGGCUUUUACCAAACUGGAUCAACUAGAAGUUCAAUUAAUGACAACGGAAUACUCUUCUUAUUCUACACAACUAGCACGUUUUCAUGAACAAACAGUGGCCACAAUAGAAGACGUAAUUUCAAAAUCAUUAUCAGAAGGAUAUGCGAUUUUAAAUAUCACGGGAAAAGAAGCGCCUGGUGCCGAGGGUGUAAGAAAUAUAGUGGAAAAAUUGGAGAAUCGCAAACUUUGUUUGAUAGAACGAUGUACGGCUCAUAAACAAGAAAAUUUGGAGGUUUCGAGAAUACUUGCUACAUUUUUAGAUAAGCAUGACGCAUUACGAGCUUGGCUAACUAAUACGGCUAAAGUCUUUCUUCAAACGCAUCAAAAUCUAGGCAGUGAUCUGUCAAUGGCAUACGAUUUCCGUCGAGUUCAUUGUCAAUUGCUAACCGAAUUGGAACAUAAAAGUGAGGAGGUAGAUCAUUUAGAAUUGGAAAUUCUUCCAAUCAUAGAACGUCUGGACGAAAUACAGAAGUACGAAUUACAAUUAAAAAUAAAGAGUCUUGAAGACGAGUGGACAAAAACAAAAAUUGCAAUGGUGAAAAGAAUCGAAUUAGGUACUAUUUACAUGCAGUUUCAUGAAAUUGUGGAAGAAUUGACUCAUGAAAUGGAUUCAAUUUAUGACGAAUUGAAAAAUUGUGAAAAUGCAUUAGAUGAGACUAAGUUUAAUGAACUAGAAGAAAGAUGGAAAUCCUUUGAACCACUUUAUAAGAAACUCCAUGAUUAUGCAAAAACAUUUCUCAAUGAAACAAAUAACAUUGAUGAUUCAUAUCUUGAUGUAUCGCGAGCUUGUCUGUGUAUACGAACUCUUUUAGAAAAGUUUGCCAAUCGGCAAUUGGUUAUAACAGAAUCAUGGGAAAAAUGCCAGACUACUGUUCAAAUAUUAAAACAAAAGCGAAUUGAAUGUGAGCAAAGAAUAGAAGAAAGUACAAAGACAUUAGCUUCAAUUACAAAAAUUGAGACGAUGCUGUACCCAAUGAUAACAACACGAUCUUCUAAAAUAACCGAUAUUUUGCACAAUUUAGAAGAUGUAAAAAAACAAGUUUUAUUUGAAUUAAAUAAAACUAUUGAGGAAUUGGAUGCUCGAAUUAAAAACAUUCAAGCAUUUGUCGACAGAGAUGAAAGUAAAGCAGCCCAGCAGAUUUCAGGAAAUCUCGUAGAAAUGCAUAAAAAGAUGAACACUAUCGUUAAAGAUUACGAAAAAUUAUUAGAAUCUUUAUUUUCUACUUUUAAAACUCUCGAAGAGAUCGAGAAUAAAAUUAAUGAAGCAAAGCAAGAAGUUGAACAUGCGUUAAGUUCUACUAGAUUGACCGAUGUAAAUGCUUCAUUAAACAAAUUUGACAUGUUAAAAUCCUCUAUUACGGAAUCUUUACUACGAAUACGUACGAAAUCCGAAGAAAUAAUCGACAACAUUAGACUACAAGAGCCGCCAGAAUCAGCAACACAAGAUAUUGAAAAAUUAAAACGCACCUUAGACUCUGUAAACGUUAAAUUCGAAUCGUUUAAAAUCGAAUCGUUGAGCCAUCUUGAAAAACAUCGACGACUCUGCGCUUUUAGAGAGGAUAUUGAAAAGAUUAAUUCGGAUCUACGUGAAUUAAACGAACAGUUAAAAGAUAUGGAUGGAAGAAUUGGUGACACUUUAUCGAAAGCGACACUUACUGCUUUUGAACAGUUUGAGCAAACGAUAAUGAUUUUGGAAGAAAAAAUUGAAACUUUUAUAAAGAAAACAGAAGAAACAAUUGUUCCAUUAACUCCACAAGUAACGGAUGAAAUUUUAUCCCUGCGAAACAGAUGGGAUCAUCUGAGGACAUGUGUUAAAAAUACUAAGAAAAGAAUGAAUUUAGCUAUUGAUUAUUUCACGCUCUUGGAAGAAGCCAAACAAUGGUUUAGGGAAGGUAGCAAACUUUUGGUGAUUGUUGCACGUAAAGCAACAACCGUUAAAGUGCCUGAAGAAACUACCGAUUUACUGCGAGAAAUUGAUGCUUAUAUAAAACCAGGUGAAGAACAGCAAGAAAAGAGAAUUGAGAAAUUGAAACAAUUGUCGACAAUAGUUUUUGGUACAGACAGACUUCCGCAAUUCAACGAGGUGGUAGUAGAGAAUCGACAAAUGCUAGAUUCCUUCGCAGUUAUUUCUUCCGAAUUGCAUACUCUGAGUCAAAAUUUACAAACUGCCGAAGAUCUCCGAGAGAAGAUGCGAAUCGAGAAGCUAGAAGCUGAUAAAAAGUUACAAGCUGUUAAAGCAGAAAUGGAAGCUGCAGAAGCUGCAAAGAUAGAAGCAGAAAACGCGAAAAAACUUGCAGAACAGCUUGCUGCUGAGACUUUAGACAAGGCUGCAAAAAAAUUAAAAGAAGAAGAAACGCGAAAAAUUGUUCCUCCCGUUUCUCAUUCCAUCUCCGCUCAAACUGAUGAGACCAUAGUUGAAGAAACUAUUACUUCCGCUGUGACAACGAAAGAAAUUCAUAUUCUUCAAAAGAUGGAAGUCGAGAAAAGUAUUCCAAUUAUUCCAAAAGAAACUAGUCCCCUAAGAAAGCUUGUAUUUGAAGAAAUACAUGACAAAUCACACGAACAUGCUGAAGAAAAACAAAGAGACGAAAUCGUUUCAUUAGCUCCAGAAUUCACAGUUCCUUUGUGUGACGCGAUAGUUCAAGAAGGCAAAGGAUUCAAUUUUGAAUGUCAUUUAAUUGGUCAACCGAUACCAGAUGUAGUGUGGUACAAAGAUGGAAUAUCAAUAUUGAAUAAUCCAGACUAUUUAACAACUCAUAUAAACGGCAUUUGUACGUUAAAAAUAGAAGAAACAUUCGCUGAGGAUUCUGCCAAAUACACUUGCCGUGCAUUUAACAUUCAUGGCUCUGUCGAAACAUCAGCCAUUUUAACUGUUAAAGAGAUUAUCACAGAAGAACAGCCAAGUGCUCCAGUUUUCACGAAGGAAUUGCAGCCCUCUUUUACGAGGGAAGGAUGCUCUCAUAAAUUAGAGUGCACAGUCAAAGGAAAUCCUUUACCAACGGUACAAUGGUAUAAAAAUGAUACCAACAUUGAUAAUUCUCCAGACUACGUUAUUACUUAUAAUAAUGGAGAAGCUGUUUUGAAGUUCGAUGAAAUUUUCUUAGAAGACAAAGCAUCAUACACCUGUAAAGCAACAAACCAAUGGGGACAGUCAACUACUAGCUCUUUUCUAGAUGUAAAACCUGCGCAAAUUAUCGCAAAAAGUCCAUAUUUCGUGGUACCGUUAUCAAAUGUUAUAGUCAGUAUAGGCCAAAGAGCAAAACUAGAAUGCGAAGCUUCCGGAGAUCCAAUUCCCGAAUUAAUCUGGACUCACGAUGGAAAGCUAAUUGAAGAAAACAAUUAUCAUAAAAUUCAAACGGAUGGUGCUCGAACAAGCUUGACAAUUACGGAAGCCUUUCCGAAAGAUGUCGGUUCUUACACGGUGACUGCCAGUAAUGAAAUUGGGAAAGCCACUGUAUCUUGUACCGUUUCUGUGAAAGAGCGUUUGCUUCAUGAAAUUAGCGAAUCUGGUUUCGUGUGUAGCGACAAGGAACCUAUAGUCCCGAAAUUUCAAUUACCCUUGCAGGAUCUUAAAAUUCAAGAAGGACGUUCAGCUAGGCUAGACUGCGUGAUUGUAGGUCAUCCUGAACCUGAGGUAAUUUGGUAUCAUAAUGAACAACCUGUAAAGGAGUCGUCAGAUUUUCAAUUACUCUUCCAAGGUGACCGAUGUUCACUAGUUAUUCAUGAAGCUCUCUUGGAUGAUGCCGGUGUAUAUAAAGUAGUUGCUAUUAAUUCUGCUGGCGAAGCUUCUAGUCAGUGUGCAUUAACAAUUACGCCGGCAUCUCACAUUUUAAAUGUAAUUGAUCGAAUAAAGACAAAGGAAGAAACUCUUGCCAAUGAUACCUUACCGAAGUUCAUUAAACUUCCAAUGGAUUUGCUGGUAGCUGAAGGUGAAAAUGCAAUUUUUGAAUGUGUCGUAAUGGGAGAUCCUAAACCUGAUUUAAGAUGGUAUUCUAACGACGAUGAAAUGAUUCAAAACGGAAGGAUUUUGAUUGGAGAAAAAGAAGAUGGAACAAACUUUUUGAAAAUUUCAUCAACGAUACCAAAAGAUAAAGGCAAUUACGUGGCAAAAGCCAUAAACAUACAUGGUGAAGUAAAAGCUUUUGCCAGAUUGGUUGUGAAAUCACUUGGUGAUUUCAAAAGGAACGAAGAAUUUAUUCAGAUGGAAGAAAAAUUAAUUCAGCCAACGUUCAAAGAAACAUUUCAAGACAGAAAAGUAUUCGAAAGAACUUCAACAAAAUUCGAAUGCAUCGCCACUGGUAAACCAUUUCCCAAGAUACAGUGGUUGUUUAAUGAUCGGCCGGUUCAUGGAAAAGAUUUUCUGGUUUCCGUUAGCGGAGAUAGACAAGUUUUGACAAUUCCUCUAGUCGGAGAUGCACAUGUCGGUACUAUCUCUUGCGUAGCAGAAAACGCAUCUGGUAGAGCAGUUUGUAGUGCUAAAGUGGAAAUUGAUAGUGGAUCAGAGAAGCCGGCUGCAAGUGAAGUCGAAAGAGUGUUCGAGUUAGUGCCACAUCUUUCUUCAGGCAUUAUGCAUCCUGCAAGCAGUAGCGACAAACACUUUUCAAGCGAAAAAACAUGUCACGAAGGUGGUGGCGAAAGUCAGGUGCUGACCAAAAUGUCGUCGACUGUCACACAUUCUUCAACAAUGUCUAUGAAAAAGGAAUUCUUAUCGUCUACUAUGACUUCCACUUUAUCGCAAUCAGGACACGAACCUACCAGUGUUUGCACGAAAACAACUGUGCAAUGUUCCGAACAGUCUACUUCAGAAAACGGAGCACCACCAGUCACACAAUCUCACAAGAUCGAGGAAUAUGAAAAAAUCAUACAAGAUCAGCCCGGCGAAGUAAAACAAGAAAAAACCGUUCUCGUGUCUGAAGAAACAGGAGGUGUAAAACAGGAUGUUAAAACAAAUCAAGUGCAAAAACCAUCUAGAAAACUGAUAGCGCCUAGAUUUAUUUCACCGAUUACAGGAAUGAUUGUAGAUCAAGGAACUAAUGUAGUUCUUGAAGGUAUCAUUGAUGGUUUUCCACAACCGACAAUUCUAUGGUCAAAAAACGGUCACGAGUUGAUAUUAAAAGAUAAUAUAAAAACUAGUUAUGCUCACAAUCACGUAAAGUUGGAAUUGAAGAAUGUCAAUGUGAACGAUGCUGGACGUUAUACUUGCACAAUAAGGAAUGACAUUGGAAGUGCUAGUAGCACGUCUGACUUGGUUGUUAAAAAAACAAUAUUUCCGCCGGUUUUCGGCAAGCGCCUCAAGGCUCAAGUAAUAAAGAAAGGAGAUCGUAUUAUUAUGGAGGUAGAAAUUACUGGUAUUCCUGAUCCUAUAGUUAAUUGGUAUAAAAACGAUGUGCCGAUCAAUGAACAACCACAAAAAUUAAGAAUUAUUCAACAAGGAAAUUGUCAUACGUUGAUAAUAGAAAAAGCAAAAGAAGAAGAUGCUGGCAAAUACAUGGUACGAGCGACAAAUACCGGUGGCGAGGCGCAAAGUAUCGCUGAUAUUGCAGUUUUUGAACCAGAGCCUGAUACUAUGAUCGAGGUACAUAAAACCGUCAUUUAUGAAAACAUUCAGGAUAAAAAUGUCGUCCAGUCUGAGGAGAAAAAAGAAGAGAUAUCAAAGACAUCAGACAUUUUGACGAGUAAACAAACACCAAUGACAGCAAUCCAGUUAGUCGGAUUCAAGCCUGUUACGACAUCGACUACAGUUGACAUUGUGCAAAAGAAAGACGAACCGAAAAUAAAAACUAGUAAAUCAGAAACGAUUUCAUCUAUAACCGAAUCCCAUGAAAGCGAAACGAAAUCAGAACAGAAGUUUCAUAUGAAACUAGAACAUAAAACUCCAUCUAUUGUGGAGACAAAACCUCGAACCGAGCAAACGAUAAAGGAAGUCAACUAUGACAAAAAAGAUGUUAAGGAGCCAUUAAUAAAAAUGGAAGAGAGAUCAAUAAUUGACAAUGAAAACAUAGAAACUUCUGCGAUUGCAAAGAAAGAUGCAUUGAGCUUUUUUGAAUCCAUUAUGAGAGAAAGUGAGGUAAUGCCGAAAGGACCAAAAGAAAUGAUUAAACUAACUGAAGAUGGACAAAUUCAAGAAGCAAAAGUUGGAAAGUUAACAAAAAAUUACGAAAAAGUAAGUACUUAUCAAGAAGCGAAGAAACUGGAAGCAAAACCGUCGGAAUUUCAAAUAACAAAAAAGGCCGCCCAAGAUGUUUUUACGAAAUUAGAACAAGGAUCAUCGUCUCGCGGAGUAGAAAAUAAAUUAUUUGAUUUUCCAUAUGAGACUCCCAAGCUGCCUCCAAUAGAGAUAAAAAAAACAAUAGAAGAAAAGGUAGUUUCCGAUUCGUCCAUUUCGCAACUACAAAUUCAGACCAAGGAUUCUGAAAUGAUGAAAAGUUUCGAUCUUGUGCCAGAACCACCUCCCGAGAUAUGCUAUAUGCCAAAACCGGAAGAGAAAAAAAAACGUCCUGACAUAUUUGUUAAGGCAAAACAGCUUCAGGAAUCUUUCGAUAAAUCUUUAUCUCCAAUAGAUGCCCCAAUCGGAGGGAUAAAGAUCUUUCCUACGUCUAUUCCAAAAGUACCAGAACCUAUCAAAGCUGCGGAACCUGUUCCUGCAUUUACGAUACCACCACCAUUUGAUCUUGAAAGAAAAGAAACAUGCGUAGAGAUAUUUGAAGAGACAAGCAUAAAGAAAGAUGCGUACGAGAAAAAAGAAAACAAAUAUUUAAAAGAAGAAAAAAUGGAACCAUCGAAAUACACUUCAACACUUAUUUCAAGAAGUAUAUCUCCCAUUAGACCGUGGUCAUCAUCAUCAGAUGUGGAAACCAAAUCGCACGUGUCUACGGACCUAUCAGAAUAUAGAUGUCAUUCUGCUGCUUCUAGUCAUCAAGAGAUUUUGAGAUCUACAUCCCCAAAAUCAUCUGUGGAUGCUUUGACAAUGGAAAAAUCCUGGGCCAAAAAAGGCACAGAUUCAAAUAGAAAAUCGUGGCCACCGCAAAUCAAAUCUGUUCAGAAAUAUGAGUGGAAUGUUCCCCCUGAAGAAUAUAAGAGUUUUUCAAGAGAAUUUCAACAAAAGAUUGAAGAAACACAACAAGGUGGAAUAAAGAAGAUCAGUACAGAAUCAUCCGCUAAUGUAGAAAAACAGUCGUGGAGUAGCAAAGAAAAAUUUACUGAAAACAUAGUGGAAACAUCUCCAUCUUUAUCGAAAUUAGGUCCAAUAAUCUAUAACGCCGAGACAAUUAAAGUCGAUCAUACAGUAAAUACUAUGCAAGAGAAGGCUCUGUUUGAAAAAUACACUACUGAAUGCAACAUAGAAAAAACUAAAUCGACACAGAAAUUUGAAGAUUUUAGUUCGAAACGUUGGACAGAAGAUAAAGAAUUGAAAGCACCUAGUUUGGUGAAAAAGAUUGAACCAGCAAAAUCGCUUGCGGUAUCAUAUCGUCCUAUAGAGAAAGAAACGGACUUGGUCGUAAUCAAGCCAGGAUCGCCUCCGGAGAUUGGAUAUAUUCCACCAUCUAUUGCAAAAGAAAAAACUAUAUUGGAAUAUAAAAAAGUGGAAAAAAAAGUAGAAGAACCACCCAUACUUCCACCGAAAGAUGUACGUAUUACACCGCCACCUGUUCCAGCUAAGAAGCCUGUUAAAUUCUCGACACCAGUUCCGUCAAAAUUCAUUAAAGGUUCUUUUAGCCAUGAAAGUGAUUACGAGUCCGAUUUCGAUAGACCAAAAGCAAAAUGGAGGCCUUACGAGAGUGAUAACGAAGAACCUUAUUAUCGACGAGUCAAAGCACCUGUUUCGAAGCAGUCGGCAAGACCACGAUCUACCGAGCCCGAGCCACUCCCACCUUCCAAAUUCGAGACUCCUGCUCAAUUUAUAGGACCAUUUAAGCCACUAGUUACCACAGAAUCUUCCGAAAAAGCAAUAAAAAAAAUAACAUUUAAACGACACGAUAAAGAAUUUAAGCAACAACAACAACAAAUUCCAAUUUCUCUAAAACCCGGUUCACCACCAAUUUACGUGAGCGUAACAGGUUCCGCGCCAAAAUCUCCUUCUGUUAAAAAACCGGAAUCUCCAAAAUUCAAAACAAAAGUUUUUCAACAAGAAAGUGGUUAUAUGGCAGAUACUGAUGAGCCAUUCCAGCAGAAGGCUUCAUCCAUAACGACACAAAAAUUUCUUGGAAAACGCGAUGGUCCUUUAACAAUUCAUACGGAGAGCCAUACUAUGUCCAGUGAGAAUAGAACAAAGUCUUUCGAAAGUCACAGUUACAAAAGCGAGCAUUUACGAAAAGAAGAGUCUUCUUUCGUCUCGCCACCUAUUUGUAGUACACAAGGGACUUCUAAAGCCGUUCAACAACAACGUAGCUCUUCCGAGAAGAACAGAUUCGAAUCCAUAAAGGAGACAGGAUAUUCCAUGAAUCAGUUACAUAGAAAAUUGGAACCAACGGCAAAAAUACCAUCAAUAUCUCCGGAGCCUUCGAAAUUAAUGAAGGGUGACUUCCGCGAGAGCGACUACGAGAGCGACUAUGAUGGCAGAACAUCAUCAUUUAGCGCCACCAAACUUAGUGUCACAGAUUCAGGGAAACCGAUGGAGUCAAGUUCGCCUCAACAGCAACACACAGUAGUCGUACCAACAAAACCGAAAACGGUUCUUCUACCUGGUUCUCCACCGGAAAUUGCUUAUGCGCCACCUCAAUCACAACAACAAUUUUACAAAGCACAUACGAAAAUGCCAUUUACCAAUGCAAUGGGCACAGAGACAAAAAAAACUGUGAGAAUGGACGAAUCAACGGAGAAUGCUAGAAGGAUUGUUACUGUUGAGCAAACAAGUCGUGUCAUUAAAUUUGGUGACACCAAUGUUACGUCUGCCCAGCAGAAACAGCAAAGAACUAAUUACUAUGUGCCUAAACCAAAAAAAUUUGUGCAAGGACAAUUUCGAGAAUCGGAUUACGAAAGCGAUGUAGAUUCAAGCAGAAUUCGAUCAAAAUGGGCUCCAGCGGAUAGCGACACGGAGGAACCUUGUUACCGAAGAGUUCAACCACCCACAGAAAGGAGUCCAAGAUCUUUGAAUGCACAAGUUAGAUCAGCACACAUCGCAUCGCCGAUGGAGUUUGACAUCAGCCCUCCGACGAUGUCACAGACACAGAUCCACAAAGAAGAUACAGAUGAAAAAAUCAAUUUUGAAAGAUAUCAACAGCAUACAAUUUCCGGAAAGCUUGAUAACAUUUUACAGCCUGGUACACCGCCCGAGUAUGGAUUCAUAUCGAAAAGCAAUGUUAAAAGAGCAGCAGGCCACAUCGCGUCACGUCACAUGAGUGAUAUGACGAGCAGUUUUAAAUCAAAAACUAAAAAGUUUGUGAGUGAUAUCCAAUCGGAUUUAAGGCAGGGUAAACCGAUCUUGAAGCAGCCUAUCGACUCCAAGAUAACCGAUAAUGACGAGCCAAGAACUUAUAGAGAAGAAUCGCGAGUCUCCGAGCACGGAACAAAACAAAUUGAUCCGGAUACUGGACUCAUAUAUUUCAAGUACGACUUUGGCUAUGAAUUUGGUAUUGUUUUACCUGGCGAGGGUAAAAAGACAGUUGAAAGCAGCAAGAAAACUAUUCAAGGACAGAGACGUUCCAGUGACAUAGAAGUGCCUAUAAUCCACGAGUUUACUGAAAAAAAAACGAAUGGUUUUACGAAGAAAGGCACAUUUCUGAAACAUCAGACCAAGACAGGAAAUAAAUUGGGAAAUUUAAAGACAGUCAAAUGGGAACCAACAUCGGAAAGCGAGUUUUCUGAAACUGAAGACAUAAAGAAUCUCAGUAAAAAACAAUUAAGUAAGGGAGAUACUGAAAGCUCGAUGGCGCCUCCAGGUCUUAUCAUACCUAGUUCUGUAUCACCUUCAAGAUGGGAUCGCACAACAUACAGUCCGCUUUCUCUUAGUCCAAGUCUACCAAGCCUCUCUCCAAGACAGAGUAGCGCUACUGGACCACCUAGCAAUGUGGAUUCUGCAGGUUCACCGUGGCCGAUUAGCAACGGUACAUCGAGUAAAGAAGUUAUUCAGCCUUAUCUCGAAAUAUUACCGAAGAAGGCUCCUACAUUCAUUACGCCAUUGAAGGAUAUUGCCGUAGUAAGCGGACAAUCAGCAAGAUUCGAAUGUAUCGUCCAAGCCGAACCACAGCCCAAUAUUCUUUGGUCAAAAAAUCGUAGAAUCAUCGAAAAUUCUGAAAAUCAUGACGUCCAAUAUAGAAACGGCGUUUGUCGUCUUACUAUAUUGAGAGCUUUGCCAGAUGAUGCUGGGACUUAUUCAUGUACGGCAACAAAUAAUUUAGAUUCUGCCGUAACAUCUGCCAAUUUAGAAGUUCCAGGUAAUAGACGAUCUAUUUAUGCCCCUAUUUCGUAAAGAUCUGGUGAGGAAAGAAACAAAUAAUCGAACAGAAUAAAUACAGGGCUGAAACAUUUAAUUCUUAACUUUGAUCUGCUGGUGCUGGAAAUUUGCAUCGUAUUAUUUGAUUAUUACUUUUAUCCAGGCCACAAACUAAUAUGGUGAAGGAAAUAAUAACAUAUAAUGCUCGAUAUACUGUAUUUCUUAAAUAUAAAAAUAUUUUUGCAAAUUUUUAAGGGACUGAAGAUAAACGAAUAAUUUUAUGAAAAGCUUUUGUUACGUAGCUUGCUUCUUGUUGGGGGUGAACAACUAUUUUAGUCUCAGUAUAAAAAACAAAAAUAAAUACUACUAAUUAUAGUAAAAGAGAGGAUAAAAAAGAAUUAUCUCAAUGAGCAUAAUUAUUACUAUUGCAUUUUAUUCAAAUUUUUAAAUUAAUGUUUUGGCAGGGGCUAGUUAAUUAAAAUGAUCUAGUCAAUAAUAAACAAAUAACAAAAAAAAUAAAAAUACGCAAAGACUGUCUCAUCAAACAACAUAUUAACUAUUUUAAUUGUGCCACUGAACAAGUUAAGAUAAGUUUUUCUCGUAUUUAAUCUCAUUUCUAUGUUUUAUCUGUUUCAAAUAUUGUGAUUUUCUAUUAAAAUAUUAUAUUUUUGAUUUUUUUUCAAGCAUAUUAAAUAUUUCUUGUUAACAUUUCCGCAAAAUAGAAUUACAAAAAUGUUUUUAACGAGCUAUAACAAAAAUAUUAAUUAAAAAUGAAACACGUUAGAUAAAACAAUAAAAUAAAGUCAAUUUUCUAUUUCAAUCCAAAGAUUAAUAGUUUAGGUUACUCUUUUUAAAUUUCAAGUAUACAUGAAUACAUUGAUGAAACUAGUCAGAUUAUUUUAAAAAAUUAUAAGAAAAGUUAUUUAUAUUAUUAAACAAUAAAUAAGUGCAAUAAGAGUGAUUGUUUUAGAUAAAGCUUCUUAUAGUUUUUCAAGUUUUUAUGUUAAUUGUUUUUGCUUAAAGAAAAUUAAUAAUUUUAGCUAAAUGGGAUCUAUUACGAGGCAUGUACGUGGCUAUGCUAUAAAUCGCUAUACUAUUAGCUCCUUGCGUCGAUAAUUAGUUAAUUUAUACGUUUAGCACAUGCACAUUCAAAACAUACAAUCACAAAAAGCAGUAUUUGUCGAAAAAUUUCAUAAAAUUUCAACGAUUUGUAAAUUAUGUAAAUAAUUAUAAUAUUUUUCAAUAUUUAAUAAAUAAUAAAACACCAUUUAAAAAUAAGAUAUUUUAAUAUGUUUUCACAUCGCAAGGAGUUAAUUCUUAUUCAUUAAUCUCGCUGUUCACACAUGAAUUCACAAUGAUACUUAUGUACUAUGUAAAUAAAUGUAUGCUUCCUCUACAAUCUAAA